CCUCUUGCUGCUGUUUGUUUUCUUCGCCGUUCCUAAUGGCCUCUCCCUGUGCUGCCGUUGCUGUCGCCCUGCACCGAGAGGCCCAAACAAAGGUGUGGCGAUGGCUGACGGCUGGCAGGGCCGGUGGGACUCUCUGGAUGGCCUCGUGCACCUCCCAGCACUCAGGGGCAGGGCAGGAGCUGGCCUGGCCUGGUUUCAGAGGAACCUUUUCAUUCCCAGCUGGUGCCAGGGAGCUGGUGCCUGCAGGUGGCUCAGCUCCGGGAAGGAGCCGAGGAUGGGUGUUUGGUGCUGAGCUCUUCUCACACCUUCCUUUGGAAGCAGCUCCUGGGACUGGACAUAAGAAAGGUUUCAGCUCGUCCACAGAUCAUCCCCAAAGUGCUCCUCUGGGUGCUUUUGCCUAGCUCCUAAGUGGAGACGCUGUUCCAUGCAUGGAUGAGGCUACAAAAGCAAGCAGAACUCCAGCACAGCCGAAGGAUGGAUAGCAGUUCUGAACCUGGAGGAUCGGCUCCUCUAGCAGAUGUGGUCCUGGCUUGGAAGAGUCUUCAGGAAGCCAAAGCAGUGCUACAAAGGAUUGAAAACAAAUUGUAUCAUCAAACGUGGAGCUGUGCCAAAUUGCAGGCAGCCAGAAGAAAGCCUUGGUGUGAAAAAAGCUUUGAUGGCAAGAGAAGCAGAGAUGAAACAGCUUUGAAUGAGAAAAAGAGCAGUGAGGUUCCCCCAGCCCACAGAGAAGGGAUUUGUUCCAUCCUCUCCCCUGCCUGGUCACAGAGCUGUCUCCAGGACAGCCCUGCAAUGAGCUCCAUCCCACUGGGCACAGCCCCUGUGUCCCCCAGGGGACACCCGCGCUCAGCCCCUCGUGGCCCCGCGGACAGCGAAGGCACAGAGGGAACGUGGUGUCCUGUGACAAGCCACUGCAGAGCAAGAAGGGACAGUUUCGGGGAGCAGAUGGAUUCGAGAAGUCAUGCAGAACAGAAGGGGAAAUGUCCCUGCUCCCCACACCACCCAGCUCUCUCUCCUGCAUGGAGUGGCCGGUUCUCAGCUCCUGUGCCUGGCACGCCUCAGAUGUACUGCCCUGCACCAGGCAGCAGGCCCAGCGAUCAGAAGCUGGAAGGACUGUGGAAAAAAACACCCCAAAAGAAGUUAGAGCAGCUCAAGAAGAAAAUCCAGGAGCAGAAGCAGAAGCAGCAAGCAGCAUCCCAGGCGCAGCAGUGCCAGGCUGCAGCCUGUGCUGGAGGGCUGCCGCCAAAGAGACCCCUGACGAGGAAGGUGUGCGCAGCGGUGUCCGCCCCUCCUGCUCCAGUUUGCAGAGACCAAAGGGAAAGAAGUUCAGCACAGAGAAUUCAAGCACAAAGCCAGAGGCAGCCUCCACCCAAAUCCUCUGCACUGGAGAGAAGAGCAGCAUAUAAAGAUACCAAACUACCCAGUGCUUCUGCAUGGAGAGAAGGUCAGAAGCUAGCUAGACAGUUUCUUGGUCCACCCCCUGCAUUUCCAAAGCUGAGGAGCACAGCUGAGGAGCAGACUACUGGAAACACCUUGGAACCUGACAGAGGAUUUGUAGCAAUGCCAACAAUGGAAAACAGCUCUAGAGAAAACGGAAAUGAACCUGUGGGGAAAAGCCCUGAAUUCAAAAGCUGCACAGUUCCCCCCUGCAGGCCCGUUGAAGGGAGCAGCAGUGCACCAACCAAGGAUACAAACCCCGUACUCAGGAACCCACAUCUGCAAAGCCACUGUCACGAUGAACACAGACGUAGCAGGCUCCCAGAAGACACUGUGAAAGCAGAGGUAGAAGUUCUGCAGCAACACCCAGGGGUCCGUUCUCCUUCACCUGAACCGCAGAGCACGACUCCCCCUGCCUUCACUGAGGACAAGAUAAGAGCUUCGUUAAUAAAGGCUGGAGCCAAGGCCAGCAGCUCAGGAAAGUGCAGCAGAGGAAAAAACACAUCUCCUCAGAGAUGGAAAAGUUCAAGAAGCCCUCUGCAGAAAGGGUCUGAGAAAGAAAACCUUAAACAUCCAUCAAAGAGGAGGGUAAAUAUUAGAAAACCUCAUCCCUACAGCCCUGAAGUUGUUCGGGAAUUUAUUUAUAGGAAGAAUGAAGAAAGAAAGAAAAAAAAGCUAGAAGAGAAAAAGUCUCUGAUGAAGGCCAUGGAAAUGAGAAGUAAGAGGCUGCAAGAAGUAUACAGGAAACAGAGGGAAGCUAUCGGAAAGAAAAGGCGUUCUGACCAGACACACAGCCUGACCGGGGGAACAGCCGCUGCGACACAAAGCCCUCGGUGUGCACUUGAGCAGGAGCAAACCAGUGGUGGAAUCCUGGAGAGUAGUUUCAUGGCCUGGGUGGAUAAAACAUCCCAUACUCUACUAAAUGAAGAUCACAGAGACAGGAACCAGCUUCUAAAACCAGGUCAAUCACCUAAAAACAGAGAGACAUUACCUUCUGCAGCACUACUGGCAUCUGAAUGCUGGUUCCUCAGUCCUCUGAAACGUGAAGACUUGAGGGAUUGCUCUCCCCUAGCUCUCUCCAUACCUCCUCUCAGCUUUUCCCUUCCUCAGAAAGAUGCAAAACUGGACUCCAAGGACUCGAUUUCUGAUCUUUCUCCAUACAGAAGUAAAUGGCAUCAACUGAAAGCCAUACACAAUCUAUCCAAGGAACUUGCAGAAAAGAUUGAGAUGUCCACUAAGAGACUCAGUGCAACAAGCAGGGUUAAAGGCCUUGAGACAACUUGGGACCUUUUCAACGAGUCUUCUGUCACAGAGCCUGACGCAUCCAAGGAUGAGCAAGACAGGACAAUGACCUUACAAAUGCUUCUGGGAGACCCGGAUCCUGCUGAGUUACGUGUGUCUUCAGAUAGGGCAUUUAAUGGACUGGGCAGGAUCGGCCAUGUGGGCUCUGAGGGAGCAAUGGACCAGGCCAGCCAGAAGAAAAUACUCACUUCUUUGUCUGGUGGGAAUGCUGGGAGCAAGGAAUUACCAUGGAACACCCCCAGCAUAAAACAGAGGCAUCUCAGCACUGGGGAAGACGUGAGCAGCGCACUGAAAGGUUUUCCUGUGAAUAAAGGCUCCGAGGUGGACAUGAGCCUACUGCAUGAAAAGCCAAUAACCAGUCCAGCCUUUCCAUCUCAUGGAUUCCUCGCUAGAAGCCUGCACGCAGAACCUGCAGCUCAGAGGAAUCACCGCUGGCCUGAGACGAUUCUGGAAGUUCAGCAGGAGGGAAUUGCCUGCUGGUCCCCUCCAGAGAGGCUGAGGAUACUUAGAGCCCAGCUCUCUGCCGCUCCAACCAGUGGAUCAAGGACUCGAGACGGCUUCAAGCAGGACUUUGCUUCUGCAGGUGCGGGAGACCCUAGCUGUGCAGAACUAGAGGAGAAACACAGGAGCCACCUGGACAAUUUAAGAGAGACCUCCCUCCUUCUGGCUCACAAACUGAAGGCCCAUCAGCUCCAGCAGAAACAGCAACUUAUGGUGUUGAGUGAGAAAGCAAAGCGAGAGGUUCAAGAAAGCCAGAGGUUCUUGAGUGACCUGCUUCAAGACAAUUUAAAGCUGUGCAGUAGCUCCAGAGGCAGUUAUUCUUCUGUGCCAAAACUGGACCAUGCAGAGCAAACAUGGACAGGAUCCCAGUCCGAAGGUGACAACGCAUCUGGCAGUGAUGACGAGAUGCAUUCACUGAAACUAUCUGAAUUGAAUAUGGAAAGAGAUCACAGUCUGGUGGAUCCCAAAAUAGUGGAACAAAGAAAAUCUCCAGGAGGAAGGGAUUCAUAUUGCUCAACCCUUCAAGAAGGAUCCCUGCCAGCAGAGGAUGGGGAGCUGCUGCACGUCCACCAGGCCUUGAAUCUGUCGUCACCUCUGGGACAUGCACCCUGCGGGGAGCCUGGUGCAGCGGGUGGCUCUGCAGAGAGCAGUGACCAGGCCAGCUUGGACAGCCAGUGGAGCGAAGUCGGCCGGCACUAUGGAAGCUCCAGCACCUUCCGCCACUUCAGCCUGGCCAUGGCGGAGCAGUGUCUGAGGGGAGAGGAGCUGCGAGCUCGACACCAGGCUGCCCUCCUCAAGCUCCGCAGAAAAGCUCUCCGGGCAAAAGCCAGGGCUGAGCUGGCCUGGCUGGGCCACCAGAAGCGCUGCCUGGAAAGCCUGCAGGAUAGUAAGGGAGCCUCUGCUGUGGCUGAGAAGCAGCACAAAAUCUUAACAGAGCUGGAACAAGAGCAGGUAGAAAUACAGCACCUGCAAAAUCUCUACCGGGCAGCCCAUCAAGAAAGGAAGCUUUUACUAAAGCAGCAAAGAGAAAUCUUAAUGAUGCAGCAUUCAACAGCACAGCUCCAGGAAGAGCUGCAUAAUUUGAUUGGGAAGAAAAAGCUUACAAGGAGCCCAGCAACUGAAGAAGCAAAUAAGCCAAAGACAAGACAGAUUUCUAGCUCUAAGUUUGACUCCUUGUCAGAAUCUACAGCACACUCAGAAGGGCCUGAUAUGACUGGGGAUAAAAAGAAUUGUGUCCAGCUGAAGAACAAACAAGGCAAGAAGUAUGAUAGCUUUUCUACUGAGAACAAGAAAACACUGGGACAACAUCAGAAAUGGGCAGAGGAGUCCCCAGGUUUGGGGCAGUCCCUUGUUGUGCAAGGUCCUGAUGUGUCUGGAACAGUGACCAGGAAAGUGUGUGAUGCCACCAGUCAAACCACAGGCUUGGUCUUUAUGAUUAAAGACUGCAAAAGCACAGAACUUAAUGCUCAGGAUCACAUUUUAUUACAUCUGGAACAUGUAAAUUCAGCUGGAACGGAUGAAGCUAUAGCCACAUCCAUUACAAGAGAUGGCAGAAAGUGUGCGAUUUCGGAGUCUGUGCUGAAGGAAAAGGCAUUUAUUUCAAACCCAAAGAUAGAACCUAAAGAUAAUGAAGAUAUUAAUCCAUGUUACAGCAAGUUUACAGUGAAAAGCUUGGGGAUGCCUUCUACUUUGUGUAACUUAUGCCAGGUUCAGUCAGAAAAUAUUCCUCAAGAAACAGGUGAUGAUGUACCAUCCUUAGUAGAAGAUAGAGAGAAUGAUUCUCUGACAGUGGAGAAAGUACAUGAGGAGCAGAGAAGUCACAGAACUCCAAAAGAAGAGCAGGACCCCUGUUCAUUUCAGUCUCUUCAGACUCAGAGACAGAAGAAAGAUCCUUCUUUUGACACUGAAGAUAAUGAGAGAAGAUCAGCACUGAUUUCAAAUGAAGCUACAGUAGUGAAAACGCAGUUAAGGAAGGAAAAUUCACUACAGGAGCAGGAGAGGGUUAACACAGACUCCAAGAGAAAAGCAGAAGUUGUGCAUGUGGAUGAAAAAGCACCUUUUGAGAUUCUGUCUUCAGAAGAUGCUCCAGUUAAAGAAAUGGAAGUGUCUUUCCCUUGUGAGAUCCAUCAUGUGGAUGGCAGUCCAUGUUUGAAGCCUUUGAACCAUAAUUCUCAUGAAGCUUCUGAUGAAGAACUAACUUUAGAAGUGUUUUGCAAAGGAUUAGCUUCUGCUGAGUCAUCGCCCAAGUCAAACGACUUCUCUCCAAGAUGUAAAAGUGCCAGAUCAGACUCUUCUCUCUCAGAAUUUCAGAAAGUGUCUGCAGUUUGGAUUGACAUCUUAGAAAGCUCUACUUCAGACUCUGAAUUAGAGGUGAAAAAUGGAAAGGACACAGAUGUCAGUAUCCCAGAAGAGUUUAUCCAUGGUGAAGAUGACACAAUUUUUAUUAGUGAUGAGGGCCUCCCUCCAGCUGAUGAGGAUACCUUGUCAGAAAUACUGUCUCCAGUUGAUGAAGUGCUGUCCUAUGGAAGUGCUGACUUGCCAUCCUCUAAUAAAAAGGAUUUGUCAUUUCCAAGUGAAGAUCUUCCUCCUCCCCCUUUAGGUGUAAAUGCAAUGAAAAAUGAUGAUUCUAGCUUUAGCAUGGAUGAUUUCCCAUCCCCAGCAGAACAAAUGACAGUCUCAGAGACUAGACAGUGUAUGGAUGAAGAUAUAUCACUGCGAACGGAUGCAUUACCCCCAUUACUUGAUAACAUUGUGCCUGAAGAAUUUCCCCUGCUCAGUCGAGAGCCAACUGGUGGUUUUUCAGUGCAGGAUGGUAAUGUCUCAGAACAAUCAUUAGUUAAAGAAGAUAAGUCCUCCUUUGCACAAGAACUAUCAGAAUACCAAGAAGGAGAACAUGAGACACCUUUACAGUAUUUGGAGUGUCUGCCUGUGUCCAAUCCCAUUUCUUCUGGUCAGGCCAGUAAAAAUGGUGAUUCUACGAUGAAACAAUGUGAAACAUAUUUAACACUACCCAAAGCUGAAGAGGAUGGUGAUGACCCAUUGUCAUCAUUUGAAAUUGGGGACAGAGUGUUAGUAAAGCAGACCCAGCCUGGAACCCUCAUGUUCAAAGGACGGACUUGUUUUGAUUGUGGCCACUGGGCUGGUGUUGCACUUGACAAAGCUGAAGGUGAUCAUGCUGGAACUUACAAAGGGGUGAAGUAUUUUGAGUGUGCUCAGCACUGUGGUAUCUUUGUCAGACCUAAUGAGAUUUCACACCUCUUGGAGGAUAACAAUGGUUCCAAUAACACUGGGGACGAAGACUCAGACUCCUCCUAUGAUGAUGAAUCCUUCAAAGGAGACUGCAGAUACCCUGAAGCUGAUGAACAGGGCACAGGGGUAACAGAGCAGAACGCUGAAGACACGAAAAGUGCAGGAAGAUCACAAAUGCCAGAAAACCAGUCUAGGUUACACGUUGCCUUGCUGCCUGGAAAAGGUCAGAAGUUCACACAUUCUGACCAGUAUGAUGCAGUUAAAGAAUAUAAGAAGAUUAAAAGAAAACAUGGAGCAAAAGCAGACAAGAUAUUUCAUUCAUCUUCAGCGACUUCUCCAACCACUUUGCCUUUCCUUAUAAAAAUCCUCGAUGCUGGUGUUUUUGGAAGCUCUGAGGAUUUUGAUCAGCCUAAUUCUGAUGAACAUACCCUAGAAAGACAAACACAAAAGCAGCACUUGUACAAAUUGGAUCGCUGGCACUCAGCUCCUUGGAAGAAAACUGUGGAGGUUCCUCUUGUGGUACCACAUUACAGUUCGGAAUGA